AUGAACCUGGAACUGAGCCCUUGUCUGACUGACGAAUCUGGCCUGAGAUUUCUGGUGACUUGUGGUUUGUUCACGCCCAUGGUUUUGCACCGAUUCGGUAUCGACAACAAAGAUCUCAGUUUUGGUCCAGUCUUGCUGAACCAACUUGUUCAAAUAGGAGUCCGGAUCGACAUUUCCAUGGGUGGUUCACCAAAAAGUCCAACAUUUGAACUGGUUGAGCUUGUGAACUAUCUUAUGGUAUCCAAUGCGAUGGCUCUAGAAACACAAUUUCCGAUGGUGUUUUCGUUCCAUGCCCGCAAGCUAUUUCGUGACAACUUUGACUACCUAUAUUCAAUAAGCAGUUCUCUCAGCGGCCAGCAGUCUAACGAGGAGAUAAAUCAUGGCUUUCUGCUGCAAAUCUCAAGACAGGUGACCGAGGGGCAGAACAUGAUUCAGAUCAUGGCCACAUUGUCAAACUCUGCCCAAGGAAGACUCAAAUACCUGCUCAUGAAACGGAAGAAAUCCGGAGACGGCGACGAGAUUUGUGCUGGUCAGGUACUCAAUUUGGCCGUGGCAAAGGAGGUAUUGCGGCUAUAA